UAAACGCUGAAGGACUCAGUUCUGGCUGAGCCACCAGAUAUUAGAAUUGUGGCCAUUGGGGAGUUGCGGGCGCGUGGAGACGGACCUAGACGAGCACCAGUCGGAGAAAAAGGCAUUUGGUAAUAUAACUUGGUUUUUUGGGUCUAAUUUGUGCACUCUGUUCCGCCCAGCUGGGGUAACAGUAACCACGAAAAAACCGACCAUGGUAUCAUCCUUUUGCCUCUCCUUAUCGCCGCCUUGCAAAACCCUAUCGCGGCCCUCCACUUCUUCCUCUUCCACUUCCCCGAGCCGCGGUUGUAGAUGCUCCCUCGUCGUCUUCGUUUCUAACGGCAUUCAACGGACGAGGAGAAGGAGGCGGCAGGUGGUUUGUAUGGCUCCCGAGGAAGAGAAAUUGACUCGCCGCAAUCCUCUGGAUUUCCCCAUCGAGUGGGAGAGGCCUAAACCUGGGCGUAGACCAGAUAUAUUUCCUCAAUUUAGCCCUAUGAAGACACCAUUACCACCACCAUUGCCAUAUGAUCCUCCGGAUGAAGAUGAAGAAGAGGAAGAGAAAAAGGAGGAAGAGGAGGAAGAUCCUGAAAAAGAAGAAGAACCAGAGAAUCCUGAAAAACAGUCCUGAGAAAUAGUAGUUAGUAGAUGGUUGGUUGUGAUUAGUGAAAACACCAGCCAGUUCAGUUUUGUUCUUUUAAGUUUCCAAUGGUGGUUACCACUUGCUUGUCUACUUAUUAUAAUCAUCCAUUUUGAAGCAUGGUGUGAGUGGUAUCUCCUAAUUUGGGUUGAGGGGAUUGUGCAAGUGUCUUCUUGGGGAAUUAUUCAGGUCAAUAUAGGCAAAAUUAGGCCUAAACUCCUGUUUUUGUAGUGUCAUGAUUCAUAAGUCAUUUAUGAGGUGAGAAA